UGAUGUAGAUAGAUACUGCUCCCUUCCUCUAUAGUCUCUGCUACUUGUUCUUCUGUUGAAGUGACUACUCACUCAUUCAAAUAUCGAUAUUUGAUCCGAUUCCGAUUGAGAGGCAUGUUUCGAUUUAAUUAACCAAACCAAACCCAACCCCAUAUCAUACCAAUUCCAAUACCAAUAAAUGCUUGCUGGCUAGUACAGUAGUUCCUAAAUUCUAGCCACUUUUUACAAAAUUAAUUUUGUGAUUUUUUCAAUUAUUUCCUCUCUCCAGUUUCUCUCUUCUCUCGCCUCUCUUUUCGGAAAUUUCCACAUAUUCUCAGAUGAAAUGGGCUGCUGCUGACACUUUCAAUAAUGGGCUGCGUUUUUGGAAAACCAUUCGCCGGAAGAAGGGAAGCUCGCCGGAGGCAGGAAAGAGAUGAACCUGGUCGGUCGGUCGCAACGGCGUCGGAAAACGGCAUCGUCGAAACCGACCGUUGUAAGACGAUCGGAGAGGUUGCUGCUGCCCGGCGGAGCGCUUCAUCGACCGUACCGGAGUUUCGUCUGAGAAUGGGCCCCACCACUUCGGCGGAGGGCUGGCCGUCGUGGCUGCUCGAGGUCGCCGGAAGCGUGAUCAAGGACUGGAAGCCCCGGCGGGCUAAUACCUUCGAGAAACUCCAGAAGAUUGGGCAGGGUACUUACAGUAAUGUCUACAAAGCCAAGGAUUUGAUCACGGGGAAGAUAGUGGCCCUGAAGAAAGUGAGGUUUGAUAACUUAGAGCCAGAGACUGUAAGGUUCAUGGCAAGAGAAAUACUUGUCUUGAGACAACUGAAUCAUCCGAAUGUAAUAAAGCUGGAAGGUCUUGUUAUUUCAAGAUUGUCCAGCAGUCUCUACCUUGUUUUCGAGUACAUGGAGCAUGAUCUUUCUGGUCUGGCUGCUGUUUAUGGUGUCAAGUUCACUGAGCCACAGGUCAAAUGCUUUAUGAAACAACUACUUUGCGGACUAGAGCACUGCCACAAUAAUGGUGUUCUACAUCGUGAUAUUAAAUGUUCUAAUUUACUAAUUGAUAAUGAUGGAAUGCUAAAAAUAGCUGAUUUUGGGCUGGCCUCGUUUUUUGAUCCUGAACAUAAAAAACCAAUGACAAGCCGUGUUGUGACUCUCUGGUACCGUCCUCCCGAACUCUUGCUAGGGGCCACCUAUUAUGGUGCCGGUGUUGAUCUAUGGAGUGCUGGCUGUAUCUUGGCUGAAUUGUUUGCAGGGAAGCCUAUACUGAGGGGACGGACAGAGGUUGAGCAACUCCAUAAGAUAUUCAAACUAUGUGGUUCCCCAACCGAGGAGUACUGGAAAAAAUCCAAACUGCCAAAUCCAACUCUUUACAAACCGCAGCAAUCUUAUAAACGGUGCAUUAUGGAGACUUAUAAGGAUUUUCCUUCAUCAUCUCUUGCUCUCAUCGAAACUCUCCUUUCAGUCAAUCCCGAUGAAAGAGGCUCUGCCACUGCGGCAUUGAAUAGUGAAUUUUUCAGGACCGGUCCAGAUGCAUGUGAGCCAUGGAACCUACCUAAGUUUCCACCAAGCAAGGAACUGGAUAUUAAAUUGAAGGAUGAAGAAGCAAGGAGACGAAGCACCAGCGGGAAAAAGAGCAUUACAGAUGCUAAUAGAAGAGCAAGGGCACGUGACAAGGCUGUCCGUGCAAUUCCUGCUCCAGAGGCCAAUGCAGAACUCCAAACAAACUUAGAUAGGCUGAGAAUCAUCUCAGAUGCAAAAGCCAAAAGCAAGAGUGAAAAGUUCCCACCACCCCAUCAGGAUGGGGCUGUUGGGUACCCUUCCAGUGCAUCUCAGAAUGGCCCAGGCCCUGCACACAUUUCGUUUGGUACGUCAUUUACAGCUUCCAUUUUCAACCCCAAGUCAAGAUCUCUGAAAAAUGGUACAUCAACAACUGCAGCACCAUCAAGGAGGAAAGUUGCGAACGAAGAGCCUAAUGGGGCUCCGCAGAGAUUCAUCAAUGCACUAUAUCCUAACUCAGUAGCUUGGUCGAUGGAUUUCAAGUUUAUUAGCCGCAGGAGAGCAGUUCCUUCAUGAUUCGAGCAAAUGAACAAACCUACCAUUUUGCCUGUGGGGUAUAAGAGGCUCUGGCUCAGUUGUAGACAAAUUUUGAGAAUUGGAUGCACUGAUCAAAUGUAUCUUAAGCUCCAUUGUGCAUGUGCAGUAAGAAUUGAGUUGAUUCUGUACAGUUAAAGACAGUCGAAAUUAGAGGCGAACUCAGAGAAACUUGUGUUCAUCUGUCUUAUGUAAAUUUUUUAUUUUAUUUUGCUGGGGCUGGGGAUCUUAUGUUUUGUUAUGUUUUUAUCUUUUUUUGGUUUAGUAAUCUCAGAAUCCGCAAGUGCUAUUUGCCAAGGAUAAUUGUUAUGUUCUUAUCUUAAUAAACAAGAUUAUGGCCCAUGGGAUACCAACUUGUCGAGAACUCACCAUUGAAAUGGAAAUGCAAAGUAAAGGAGAUUAGAUGAGGAAGCAAGAGAACUAGUACAAAUUAUGAUUGUUGUAUACAGAAGGUGUAUACUUGUUGGUACCAUUUCUAUCAGAAUUUUGUACUAGUCACUGUUUGGAUUACCUUAAUCUUUUGUGUAUAUAUUUGUUGUCUCUAUUGGAACUUAUCCGAAAUUAAACCUUAA